GCACCGAGGUGUAUAAAACUUGGUAAACUUCACAAACUUUCUAACGUUGGAUACGAAAAUACGGAUUUUUUUGCGGUAAAAUACGAAUGUGGUUAUCCAUUGCUUAAAUGAAUACAUAACCGAGUGAAUACCAAGGUUUACAAAGAAACGAAAGAAGUUAGUAUAGUGGAAACGUGAAAGCUGCUACUUAGGCACGACUCACAACCGACUCCACCUGUUACUCCAAGUCCAACUUGCGGAAAAGCUCCCGCCCAACAUUCGAUUUGGAAAUGAAAUCGAAAACCAAGAAACAGCGAGGGAUAUAUUUCCUAACGUUUAUCGUGUGCGUGGCGUGUAUGUCAUUGCUGGGCGCAGCGCUCGGAACCGAUUACUGGGUGGUCUCGAAUCCCCGACGCGAGGUGGAACAGGUGGGCGUAGUGGAGGUGAAUGAUAUGGACACAAGUUACGGAGAAAGGUUUCGAGGAACACUACACCUGGGACUGUUCAGCGGUCACAAAGUCUUCGACAGUGGAUUUGGGACGGCUGGACGAGCGCAGGAUUUGAAUGUGGUGAGGCUGUACGUCGACACUGGGUUAUUCAACUAUAGUCUGUGGAUUACAACUGUGAUUUUUGCGUGCAUCGCCGUACUAUGGGGGCUGGUCGCAGCAAUAUUCGCUCUCAUAAACGCCACAUCAAACCCCAUAGAGACAAUAACAGGGCCGAUGGGUCUAUAUCUUUGGAAUGGAAUUGCGUGUCUGGUGUCGUUACUGUCGGUAAUCAUGUUCAUAGCUCUCUUCUACAAGGACAUCAACAAGAGCGCGUUGACUAUAGCUGAUCGACAAAACCUGUGGACGUCCAAGGACCUUACGCAUGUUGGGGUGUCGUUCUGGAUGAUUGUCGCGGCAACCAUCGGCUUUGCGGUCAACGUGUGCCUGGUCGCGGUGAGCGGGAUCCAGGUGAAGCCCAUGAGUCAGACGACGGCGGUCAACGAGAAGAGCAUGGACACGGUCAUCAUGUACUGAUCGUCAGCGGUCAGCGUGCGGCCGUCCCGCCGGCGAUCCGCAAGUAUCCGCGACAGGCUGGUGCUGUGGCAAGGUGGUGCGUGGCAAGGUGGUGUAUAGCGUGCUGGUAUAUGGCAAGUUGGUGUGUAGCGUGCUGCUGUAUGGCUAGCUGAUUGUCGUGGCGUAUGGCAAGCUGAUAUAUAGCAAGCUGUCUGUGGCAGGCUGAUAUGUGGCAAGUCAUGUAUUGCAAGCUUGUGUGGCAAGCUGGUCUAUGGCAGGCUGAUACAUGGCAAGCUCAUGUAUGGCCAGCUCAUGUAUGGCCAGCUCACGUAUGGCAAGCUGAUACAUGGCAAAUCAUGUAUGGCAAGCUCAUGUAUGGCAAGAUGGUCUAUAACAGGCUGGUAUAUGACAAGCUGGUCUGGCAAGCUGAUAUAAGGCAGAUGAUCUAUGGCAAGGCUGUUUGACAGAUUUCACUGCUUCCAUAGUUUUCUCAGCAUCAGUGAAAGUAGUCAUUGUCACAUUCCUGUGUUGCGUCGACCUUAGCAGCAGGUAUUGGUUGUAGUACAGCCAGUGCGGAGGGAAUUCUGAGCAAUUUCACUGCCAAUGUCAUGUUUAAUGUUCCUCCUUUAGUCCAUAAUAGGCUAAAUUCAUAGAAAUUUGUUCUGUUUGCGUAUUAUAGAUAGAUAGAUAGAUAAUAGGUUUAUUGCAAAACUAGUGUUAACAACGUUACAAUUAAAAUAAAGUUU